CGGCGGAGCCCUCACAUGCCGGUCCGCCCUCAGUCGCCUUCGUCGAGGCCGCCUCCUCCCGCGGUCGCCAUGAAGUUCAACCCCUUCGUGACUUCGGACCGCAGCAAAAACCGCAAACGCCACUUCAAUGCCCCUUCGCACGUGCGCAGGAAGAUCAUGUCGUCGCCCUCCAAGGAGCUGCGGCAGAAGUACAACGUGCGCUCCAUGCCCAUCCGCAAGGACGACGAGGUCCAGGUGGUUCGAGGACACUACAAAGGUCAGCAAAUCGGCAAGGUGGUGCAGGUGUACAGAAAGAAAUAUGUCAUCUACAUCGAGCGGGUGCAAUGUGAGAAGGCUAACGGCACCACUGUCCACGUGGGCAUCCACCCGAGCAAGGUGGUUAUCACCAGGCUAAAACUAGACAAAGAUCGGAAAAAAAUUCUUGAACGCAAAGCUAAAUCUCGACAAGUUGGAAAAGAGAAAGGCAAAUAUAAGGAGGAACUUAUUGAGAAGAUGCAAGAGUGACUAUAACCUGUUGUGCAACCACGGUUUAACUGUAGAUUUUUAGUCUAGUGUGUAUUCCUUUGAAACUUUUCAAGGUGUCUCGGGAACAUUUUGUUUCUUUCCUGUUUUGUUAUUGAUAUGUGGCUCUGUAAAUCUACUUUUACUGUUUUGAUUAAUAAUUUUAUGAAUAAAAAUUGGAAAUGUUUCCUAA